AGUAGUCUUCAGCCUUCACACUCUAUUUAACCACCCAAAUUCAAUCCUCAAUCCAGGAAAGCCACAAGCUAGCUACUGCUCAGGUAAUUUCUUCAAGAAUUUCAGCCAUGGCGGCCAGAGAUCUCCAAGUUCUUAACAAGCUUGACUUGGCCAAAACCCAACUGUACCACUUCAAGGCCAUCGUCAUCGCCGGAAUGGGAUUCUUCACCGACGCUUACGAUCUGUUCUGCAUCUCGCUGGUCACCAAGCUCCUCGGCCGCAUCUACUACUUCGAUCCGACCUCCAAGACACCAGGCAGCCUCCCACCCAACGUCUCCGCCGCAGUCAACGGCGUCGCGUUCUGUGGCACUCUCGCCGGUCAACUCUUCUUCGGUUGGCUCGGCGAUAAGAUGGGCCGCAAGAAAGUUUACGGCUUGACACUCAUGCUCAUGGUAAUUUGCUCCAUCGCCUCCGGUCUCUCCUUCGGCCACUCCGCUAAAGGCGUCAUGGCUACCCUCUGCUUCUUCCGCUUCUGGCUCGGUUUCGGCAUCGGCGGCGAUUAUCCGCUUUCCGCCACCAUCAUGUCCGAAUACGCUAAUAAAAAAACCCGCGGCGCUUUCAUCGCAGCCGUGUUUGCGAUGCAGGGGUUCGGUAACCUCACCGGCGGCAUCUUCACUCUCAUACUCUCCGCCGGGUUCAAGAGCAAGUACGAUGUGCCGAACUACAACGACGACCGAGCAGGGUCCACUGUUCCGGAAGCCGACUACGUUUGGCGAAUCAUCCUAAUGUUCGGCUCUGUUCCUGCUCUGCUCACCUAUUACUGGCGGAUGAAGAUGCCGGAGACCGCCCGGUACACCGCCCUCGUCGCCCACAACGCAAAGCAGGCGGCUUCCGACAUGUCCAAAGUUCUCCAUGUCGAAAUCGAGGAGGAGCAGCAGAAGGUCGCCGAAGUGGCUACCGCACAGACAAACAGCUUCGGGCUUUUUUCUAAGGAAUUCGUUCGUCGCCACGGCCUCCACCUCGUCGGCACCACGACGACUUGGUUUCUCCUCGACAUCGCUUUCUACAGCCAGAACCUCUUUCAAAAAGACAUCUUUAGCGCUAUCGGCUGGCUUCCUAAGGCCGGCACCAUGAACGCGCUCGAGGAAGUUUACAAGGUCGCCAGAGCUCAAACACUCAUCGCGCUCUGCGGCACCGUGCCGGGUUACUGGUUCACCGUGGCGUUGAUAGACAUCAUCGGCCGUUUCGCCAUUCAAUUGAUGGGGUUCGGCAUGAUGGCAGCCUUCUUGCUCGGUCUUUCCAUUCCUUACCAUCAUUGGACUACAAAGGGGAAUCACAUAGGGUUCGUGGUUAUGUAUGCCUUCACUUUCUUCUUCGCCAACUUUGGGCCGAACAGCACAACCUUCAUCGUGCCGGCGGAGAUUUUCCCGGCGAGGUUGAGGUCGACAUGCCAUGGGAUAUCGGCGGCGGCGGGGAAGGCGGGUGCGAUUGUGGGCGCGUUCGGGUUCUUGUAUGCUGCACAGGACAAGGAUCCGGCGAAGAGGGAUAAAGGGUAUCCAGCUGGGAUUGGAGUAAGGAACUCGCUAUUCGCGUUGGCCGCUUGUUGUGUUCUGGGAUUCUUCUUCACUUUUCUGGUGCCGGAGCCGAAGGGUAAGUCGCUGGAAGAUAUGUCGAGGGAGAACGACGACGAAGAGGAAGGACAGAACACGGCGGCCAUUGGUAUCGAUCGCACAGUUCCAGUGUGAAUCUAUAUAUCCAAAUCACAUUGCUUGAAUUGAUUAUAUCUGUAUAAUAUGAAUUAGAAUAGAGAUUGCUGCUACCUAAGUUCCUAUCAUUAAAAUGAACGUUGAAUUAUCAACUUUGUGUUGAAUUUUUGUGCACCUA